UAUACAAAGCUGAGUUAAUAAUGACUUGUUUGGACUUUCCUUCAUUAACAUAACAAACCGUCCGUUCUCUCUCUCUCUCUCUCUAAAUCCCAAAUUAUAUUAUUUCUCUUCUCUCUAAUCUAUAUCGCCGGCCACAAAACAAAAUCCAAACGAACAAAAGAUAACAACAACACUGUUUAAUAUUAUUUCUGAUAAUAUUAAACGACAAUAAUAAUUAAGAUUAGAGGAAUUCGUGUGUGUUGUUUCUAUCUUUUGUUCAAUUAAGAUUAUUUAUUAAACAAUACAUACUUUAAUUGUUUAAUAAAUAAUCAUUCUUCACCGAUUCGAUGGUGGCCAGAGGCGUACCGGAAGAAGCGGUUAUGGCCGUCGUCGUCGCCGCCCUUGACUUCACCGAAACAUCCAACUGGUGGCGAGACAUCAACGCCUCUCCUCUCUGGCAGGACCGUACCUUCCAUCUCCUCUCCGUUCUCUACGGAAUCGUAGCCGCCAUCGCUCUCGUUCAACUUGUUAGAAUACAAUUGAGAGUACCUGAAUAUGGUUGGACCACGCAGAAGGUCUUUCAUUUUCUCAAUUUUUUCGUGAAUGGGGUUAGAUGUUUUGUUUUCGUGUUCCGGCGAGAUGUGCAGAAAUUACAGCCAGAGAUUGUGCAACAUAUCUUACUUGACAUGCCAAGUCUUGCUUUCUUUACCACAUAUGCACUUUUGGUCCUCUUCUGGGCUGAGAUUUAUUAUCAGGCACGAGCUGUAUCUACUGAUGGUCUUAGACCAAGUUUCUACACGAUUAAUGCCGUGGUUUAUGUUAUUCAGAUUGCUUUGUGGUUGAUAUUAUGGUGGAAACCUGUCAGCUUAUUGGUCAUUUUAUCGAAGAUGUUCUUUGCAGGGGUGUCUUUGUUUGCAGCUCUUGGCUUUCUACUCUAUGGUGGGAGAUUAUUCUUGAUGCUACAACGCUUUCCUGUCGAAUCUAAAGGUCGUCGCAAGAAGCUACAAGAGGUUGGCUAUGUGACUACCAUAUGCUUUUCAUGUUUCCUUAUCAGAUGUGUUAUGAUGUGCUUUAAUGCUUUUGAUAAAGCGGCUGACCUUGAUGUCUUGGACCAUCCUAUUCUAAACCUUAUAUAUUACUUGUUGGUGGAAAUAUUGCCUUCUUCUUUGGUCCUUUUCAUUUUGAGGAAGCUACCACCUAAGCGGGGCAUCACACAAUAUCACCCAAUUCGCUGAAAAGAUUAUGGCGAAAACUAAGAGGAGGCAUCAUUAUAAAUUUUUCUGUUGGAUGUUUCUGCACUCCAAAGAUAAUUUCCAGAGGACAGAGAAGUCAAUCUUUUGUAUCGAGUGAGAAAGCUAAUAUCUUGGUUUUGAAGUUCUCCUUUAUAAGAUUUGUAGCUUAUGAAAAAGUGACAUUUGAUGGAUUGUCAAACGUGUUGGCUAUGUUAUGUAUAAUAAGAUAUAUAUUUGCAUUGUCUAUGGGAAAACAACUCAGGUUCAGCAGUUCAACACAUCAAGCAAACUUUUUUGGGAAAACGGGACACUGAUAUAUUUGUAAAAUAGUUUUGAAGUUUCAAUCUCUGUAACUGUUGCAAGUAUUUUUAAGCCUCAAUCUAAAUAUUUCAUUCAA